GUUUCGUGUAAUUUCUCACUUCUCAAACACCACCACAAGGCACAAGGAGUCCCUCUGCGCAAACUCCAACCCCAAAACCCCAUCCUAAAACAAACAACCUAAUAAAAUUAUACAACUAAAAACCCUUUUCAGAAUUCUAUCUUCUCAUCAAUGGCGUCUUCCUCUGCUAACAUAUGGGUGAUGCUUGGAUUGGGUUUGGCUGGUACUAUUUUGCUAAUGACCCAAAAGCUUAAAAAAGCCGUCAAGGAAGAUUUUGGAGCAUUCAUUCAGAAACUUCAAUUACUUCCUCCUCCUCAGCCUGCUCCGCCUAAAGCUCCCAACCCUCUUACUGGCCUCACUUUCGCUGUUUCCGAUUUAAUUGACAUUGAUGGACAUGUGACUGGGUUUGGCAAUCCAGACUGGGCUAGGACUCAUGAGGCUGCUUCGAGGACUGCGUCUGUGGUGUCAACUCUGGUUGAUGGUGGUGCUACUUGUGUUGGAAAAACCACGAUUGAUGAGAUGGCGUACAGUGUAAGUGGAGAGAAUAAGCACUAUGGUACACCAACGAAUCCUGGCGCGCCUGGUAAAGUUCCUGGAGGAUCUUGUAGUGGAGCUGCUGUUUCAGUUGCUGCUAACCUUGUUGACUUCUCUGUGGGUAUUGACGCUGUUGGCGGUGUUCGAUUGCCGUCUGGAUUUUCUGGGGUUAUUGGAUUCAGGGCUUCGCAUGGGUCUAUUUCACAUUCAGGGAUUAUUCCCGUCUCACCAAGUCUUGAUACUAUUGGCUGCUUUGCCAAAGAUCCGAAUGUGCUUCGCCGUGCUGUUCAUGUCCUGAUGAAACUUCAAUUUGCAACUCAACGGAGUCCUCGGCAAAUAGUAAUAGCUGAUGACUGCUUUGACCUACUUAAAAUUCCUGUUGAUCGAGUGAUUGAGCCUGUGAUUAAAUCUACAGAGAAGCUGUUUGGAAGGCAAGUACUGAAGCAUGAAAAUCUUGGCGUGUUCUUAAGUUCAAAAGUCCCAAGUUUGUCAGAAUUUUCUUCCCCCAAAGUUAUUGAUCAAGUUAAGACUUCUACAUUAAGCCUGCUUGCUCAUGUGAUGCAGUCCCUACUAAGGUAUGAAUUUAAGGAAAAUCACGGAGAAUGGAUGAAUUCGGUUAAACCUGAUGUAGAUGGAGGUAUCGGAGCAUUGUUUCAUGAAGGCAAUGUUGUUGAUGGGAGCGAGAUUCACAAGGUGCAUCGAAUCAGAAAUGAAAUGCGGCUUGCACUUAACUCACUUUUGAAGGAUGAUGGAGUUCUGGUUAUCCCUACAUUUGUUGAUCCUCCUCCAAAAGUUGGUGGGAAAGAGAUGUCAUCAGAAACUUAUCUGAGCCGUUUAUAUAGUCUGCUAUCUAUUGCCAGUUUAUCAGGAUGUUGUCAGGUUACAGUACCCCUUGGACAUUAUAACAAAUGCCCAAUUUCGGUAUCAUUUAUAGCGAGACAUGGAGCUGAUCGAUUCUUGAUUGACACGGUACAAACCAUGUAUUCAUUUAUUCAGGAGCAAGUAGAUGUUGUUUCUAAAACAAAUUCUACAUCCAAUACAUACAGCCGUGAAAGAUCUGCGGAGCUUGCUAAAGAAAAGGGAAAUCAAGCAUUUAAAGAUAAGCAAUGGCAAAAAGCUAUUGUUUUUUACACGGAAGCAAUCAAGCUUUACGGAAGUAAUCCUACGUACUACAGUAAUAGGGCUGCAGCAUAUCUUGAGCUCGGGAGUUUUGUCCAAGCAGAAGCGGAUUGCACUAAAGCCAUAAACCUGGAUAAGAAGAAUGUGAAGGCAUAUUUACGUAGAGGGACAGCUAGAGAAAUGAUUGGCUACUACAAAAAGGCAACUGAAGAUUUUAGAUAUGCCCUGGUUCUUGAACCAACAAACAAAAGAGCAGCCGUAUCUGUUGAGAGGCUAAAGAGCUUAUUCCAGUAGGGACUGAGCUUCAACUUUGAAAGCGUUGAAGAAUAUUUGCGGGUCUGCAUUUUGGUAAAGAGAGCGAUGGUUGGUUUGAUUUGGCUGAGGUAACUUGGACGGCAUUUUGUCCUGGAGGCCAUCCGGGAAGGCUGACAAGUAGUUUUCGCCUGAGAUGAGAGUAGUGGAGUAAGUAUAUUACCGGCAUCUUCUAUCCAAUAAUUUGUUCUCAGAAGUUGUAUGCGUUGCCAGCCCAAGUCAUUUUUAUGAUCAACUUUGUAGUAUCUGCUCUCCAAAGUUUUUCAAUUAUCCUCUCAGUUCUCUUUAAUAUGCCAGUGCUAUUUUGUAAUCAAUUUGAUAUUUAGGCCACAUUUAAUCGACCUUAUUAUUUAUCCCGAUUUAACUUUUUGGUUUAAUUCA